AUGUUCACCAAAGCCCUUCUUGUUGCGUUCCUUUCUCUUACGCUCUCCGUGAGCGCGGCUCCGGCAGCCUCUACUGAGUGUACUGUCACAAUUACGGCACGUGCGACGUCCCCUACUUUGUCAAAAUCAAGUGGUGCCUCCUCCAUCGGGUCCGUUGGUGGCUCUACUGAUGUGGCCACUGGCACAUCGUCAAAUACUGGCUCAAAUGACAACAAUCUUCAGACCUCAUUAACCUUGGACCCUUCGCUCGUGAACACAGGUUUCGAACAGAAUGGUCAGGCUGAGGGAGAUCCGGAGGGUGCAGGUCAGGUUCCGUCGAACACUUCGGUCAACAAUUUCAUCAACUUCUGCGCGACUGUGAGCCUCCCGCUGACGAACGGUACUCAAAUCAAAUCGGGCUCGUGUAAUGCCGCUCCCAUGGGUGUGAUUCCUGCCACGACGGCGAUGCCCUCGGCAAAGUUCGUUAACCCGAAGAAUCUGGACACCAUUGCUGCCAACACAAACUUCACCAUCCAGAUGGCCAUUCAGAAUCUUGACACCGGUAACUUUGUCAACCCGGACACGAACUACUUUGCCGCGCCGCAGACAAUCAACGGUCAGGGAUUGAUCGUCGGCCACUCGCACGUCGUCAUUGAGGCUAUCAGCUCGUUGACCACAACGACCCCAACAAACCCACAGGUGUUCGCGUUCUUCAAAGGCUUGAACGAUGUUGCCGUCAACGGUAUCCUUUCGACGACGGUAGAUGGCGGCCUCCCCGCCGGCGUGUACCGCAUGGCCUCGAUUAACGCCGCUGCUAACCACCAACCGGCUCUCGUUGCCGUUGCCCAGCACGGCUCGCUGGAUGACAUGGUUUACUUUACUGUGUCGGACAACGGCGCAUCAACGAGCAGCACAUCCUCCACGGGUAGCACAUCUUCAGCGGACAGCACAUCCUCCUCCGCCUCCGCAUCUGCAUCGUCCGCUGUAGCGUCGAAUAGUGCAUCGAAUACCAAGGGUGGCGCGAACGGGGACAAGGGGGCAAAUGGCAACACGUCGUCAUCGAGUGCCGCCGCUAGCCAGUCAUCCGCUACCGCGAGCUCCAAAACGGGUGCGAAUGGCAACACAUCGAAGUCAUCAAGCGCCGGAUCUGCCGCCGCGUCGGGUGCUGCUGGUAAUUCCAAGACUGACACUACCACCGGUAAGACUUCAGGAUUCUCGGGCUUCGGGGGCUUUGGUGGCAGGGGAAAGCGAAUGCUCAGCCGGAUGUGA